UUAGCAUCAACUCCUCUAACCUCUUCUUUCUAUCUCUCACUUUUACAAACAAAGAGAUAUACCAAAAAUGGGUCUAAGCAAAACUAUUUCCUUAAUUUUACCCUCGAUUUUGAUGUUUGGGGUUUUGAGUAACGCACAGCUUACCUCUGAUUUUUACUCCACAACCUGCCCUAACGUCACAGCCAUCGCUAGGGGUCUGAUCGAGCGAGCUAGCCGUAACGACGUCAGACUCACUGCUAAAGUCAUGCGUCUUCACUUUCACGACUGUUUCGUGAACGGUUGCGAUGGUUCGGUACUAUUGGACGCUGCUCCUGCGGAUGGGGUAGAGGGUGAAAAGGAGGCUUUCCAAAACGCGGGCUCUCUUGACGGAUUUGAAGUGAUCGAUGAUAUCAAAACCGCCCUCGAGAAUGUUUGUCCCGGAGUUGUCUCUUGUGCCGAUAUCCUUGCUAUCGCAUCUGAAAUCUCUGUUGCACUGGCGGGAGGGCCGUCAUGGGACGUAUUGCUAGGAAGGAGAGAUGGCAGGACGGCGAUCCGUGCGGACGCAGUGGCUGCACUUCCACUAGGACCUGAUUCUCUAGAGAUUCUUACUUCCAAAUUCUCCGUACACAAUCUUGACACUACUGAUCUCGUCGCUUUGUCUGGUGCUCAUACCUUCGGGAGGGUCCAGUGUGGAGUGAUAAACAAUCGUCUGCACAACUUUAGUGGUAACAACGGACAGUCCGACCCGAGUAUCGAACCUGACUUCUUACAAACAUUGCGACGACAAUGCCCGCAAAGCGGAGAUCUCACAGCGAGGGUAAAUCUUGAUCCUACGAGCCCGGACUCGUUUGAUAACGACUAUUUCAAGAACCUUCAAAACAACCGCGGAGUGAUUGAAUCAGACCAAAUCUUGUUCUCUUCGACAGGAGCGCCUACUGUAUCUUUGGUGAAUCGUUUUGCUGAGAGCCAAAACGAGUUCUAUAGAAAUUUUGCGAGAUCAAUGAUCAAGAUGGGAAAUGUAAGGAUUCUCACAGGAAGUGAGGGAGAGAUUCGUAGAGACUGCAGACGGGUCAAUUAAUAAGUUUUGCAUGUUCAAAUCAUCAAACGUAAAACUUCUUGUUAUACACGAAAUAAGUGUUAUUUGUGCUU